GCAGCAUAAAAGGCACAGAACUUUCAUUUUCACCUAGAUCAGCGCAGCUGCUGUGUGUAUGCACCAUCUUUUGAGUUCAGUUUUCGGGAUUGAAACUGUAGGAGGAGUGUUAUUGUGAGAUCAGGAUGGAAAAGCAGAAAAUAUUCAACUUACUUCAAAAACACAGACUGGAAAAGUACUACAACAAAUUCCUUGAGCUGGGAAUUGAAACUGAAGUGGAUUUCUUGGACAGCAUCACUGAGAAGAACCAGGAUGACAUGGGGUUCAGUCCAGCUGAGAAAAACAGGUUCCAUAAUUUGACAGAGUUCAUUAAAAGACUUGGCACAGCACCCAGGUUUCCAGUGAAGAGCGUACCAGCUGUAUUACACAUUCCUGGGAUGUCCAGAGCAGAAGGAAAUCACAGGAAUGGACCCUGACCAGAACACUGUGGAGGACCUCAUGCUGAGGAUUUGCCAUCAGGAGACCUUUGGUGCUACGAUGUCUGUGUGUUUAUUCACUGCUGAAGGAGUUCCGCUGACCGACGAUCCAUAUUUCAACACAUGGUCACUGAAGGAUAGGCAUAUUGAACAUGAAAGCAGACUGUACGCCAUAUUUACACCAAAAGAAAACCUGAGAGAUUCUCCUGAAUGCCCAAAGCAAAACACCGUCAGAAACGAAGGACCAGUUACUGUCCGCUGCCACAUUAUGCUCAAGGGGAAUCAUGACAUCAGAGUAGACCUGGAGCAAAAUACGUUGGCUGACCUGAGAACGAGACUUUCACUGGAAAGUGGAAUACCUGCGCAUGUGUUAUAUCCCAAAGAUGAGAACUACAGGAAUUGUGGUGAGACACUAAAUGAUCUUGGAAUCUCUGAAGAUGAAACAGUGCAUUUCGUCUUGUCCACUUUUCAUGAUUUAUCAUCAUCUUUGAAUGAGGUCUUCUACUGUGACAUUAAACCUUCAGCUCCACAAUCACAGAAGGGCCUAAGCAUCUUCUUCUCAACACUGCAAGCCAUUAAAAUAAGGCAUAUUGGAGAUGAGUUCAAGAAAGUGAUCGCACACAUUCGGAAAUUGAGUGGAUGCAAUGCUCUGGCUCAAAGUCUGUACCAGCUCAUCUGUAGAGCUACAGCUAUUACAAGAAUCCAGAAGGUUUCUGUUGUUGAAGGGCUGUACUUCCUCUUCAGGGAAUUGCUGCCAAGCCCUACUAAACGAUACGGGGACAAGAUCAUUGAGGAUGGAGAUGUUUUUGAGCAUUCACCUGUUUGCUGGGCCUACCUUCUAUCUCAGGAGAAGCUCGAGAGCUCAGAGCAUGAAAAUUAUGCUCCAGUAUCUCUGAAGGGUCAGUCGACAGGCCAGCGCUUCUCUGAGCCUGUACGAGUACCAGGAGUGCCUGAGGUUUUUGACAGGGAGUAUGUUCUGGAGAAGAUAAAGGAGGGUGAGAAAAUCCCCAACUGCACUGAGGAGAACCUCAGAGAGGAAUCAAUUCAAAGAGCCACUGAUGUUGAGAAGAUUUUGCUGAGUCUGCCACCAUCAAUUGAUACUUUCCCACUUUGGAUUUCAUAUGAUGCUGCCCGGUCGAGUGCCAGAAUAAGUCCAGAGAAAACAUACGUUCAGCUGAGUAAGGAACUUGCAGAGUACCCCCACAUAAACAUAACUCCGCCACUACAGCUGAAGUCUCUGGGAGUUGAUGGACCACGCUUGGUGCAUCUCAGUGAAGAAAAUGUUGGUAUGUACUUCAGCAAAGACAAACUGACUCCUCAGAACAUCAAGGUCUUCGAUUGUCUCACUGGGAAAGAGGUCAACGAGAACGCUGAUGAGCUGGCCAAUAGGCUGAGAGAUGUAAGAUCAGACCUCACUUUCAGAGUAACGAAAACACCUAAAGAAGCCAUAGUGGUGCUCUUUGAUUCAAGUUCCUCAAUGAAAAGGGAGUGUUUUGAUGCAGAGUGCCAGAUGACACGAAUCGAUGCUAUUAAACAAGUGUUUGAUAGCUUCUCAAACCGAUGCAUGGCUUAUGAUUUUGACCACGUGAUCUGUCUGGUCAAAUUUGACUCUAAAGUGAAAACUCUUCACACAUUUACAGAAAAUAUGGAAACAUUUAAGGAAUAUGUUCAUGGUCUUCGGACAUCUACAGGGACUUCACUGUAUGAUGCUUUGAAUCAUGGAAUUCAAGAACUAACUCAAGUCAAAGCAAGAUUUCCUGACUGCAGAUGCCGCAUUCUGUGUUUGACCGAUGGCGUUGACACUGGGUCAACAUGCACAUCAGUUGAAGUCGCAAAGAAGCUGAUGACCUCAAACAUUGUUGUGGAUGCUGUGAUUGUUGGUAAAGGGCGCAACACUGUGUUGCAUGGAAUCAGCAAUGUCACAGGAGGAUGUUGUUUCAAACCUGAAACAAGUAAAGCAGCUAUGCAGAUUUUUGAGAUGGAAACAGUCUUAUCCAUGGAGCUGAGGAAGGAAAAACAAAAGUUUGAUGUGUCUUCCAUUACAAACGAGAGGGAUCUGAAGAAGAUUUUUCUAACCCACCAAUAUGAUGAGAAACCAGAGACAAAACUCCCCCCACAGAUCAACAGUAAAGUGACAGUGACUCAGAAUGUACUGAAAAAGAAGAUCAUGGAAUCCAAAUCAGGUCGCUUCAUGGAGAAAGACAAAAGGAUUUUGGAGGAGCUCAAGAGUCUUCACUGUGACCCCCAUCCAUACUGUACCGUUCUCCCUUCUGAAUCUGAUUUCACCUUCUGGAAGAUUCUGUUGCAAGGUCCUCCUGAUACACCUUACGAGAAUGGUGUUUUUGAGCUCUAUUGUGAGUUUGGUCCUGACUACCCUGUGAAGCCACCACUAAUGAGAUUCUUCACACCUAUUUACCACUGCAAUGUAAACAGUGUGGGACGAAUCUGCCACAACAUAUUUGAUCGUAACUACUCGGCCCAAAUCACCAUGCGAGAGAUUCUGGAUGCUGUAUAUGGGCUCCUGAUAGCUCCAGAGCCAGAGGAUCCCUUAGACAGCAUUCUGGCAGAAGAAUUCAUGUCUAGCAAGGAAAAGUAUGAAGAAGAAGCUCGGAAAAACACAGAAAACAAUGCAAGUUCAUCAAUGGAUGAAGCAGAAAAGAAAUAUGUUCCAGAAAUGUCCAAGAUGGUGACACCUCCUAAUCUGGUAUGCCCACUGACAAAGAAACUGUUUAUAGAGCCAGUUAAAACGAAAGAUGGAUUUACAUAUGAGCGCAAAGCUAUUGAAGAACAUCUCAAGAGAUUUGGAUCUUCGGAUCCACUGACAAAAAAAUUACUGAGGAGAACAGACUGUAAAGAAGACAAAGAUAUGAAAAAGGCUGUGAAGAAUUUUUGGAGAUCGCAGAUUCAGGAAUACCUGCAGAUUUAAUGGGUGCCUUACUCUGAGAAAUACAUAAAUCCUGUUUUCUUUAAUGAAUUUUCCAUUUAGUCCAUUGUGGUGUUAGUUUGUGUGAAACUCAUUUACAAGCUUUGUGAAAUUCAACUUUGUAAUACAGUGUGAUGUUGCAGUUAUGUAGAUAAUGGAUUUUAAUGAUAUGGGGUUAUUUGAUCAACAAAAAGACUAGAAUUAGAAUGUCAGUUUGGGUGACUUUAAGGCUGAUAGAUCACACUGAAACACUGAACCCAUCAAAUGACAGAAAAUCAUUCAGAUAACAUUUUGACUUGCACUUAUAACUAGCCAAACUAGUCUAUGAAAGCAGUGCAAUUGUCUUAAAUGAUCAUAAGCACAAAUAAUAAAAUGAAACUAGCAGGUUCAAAUAUACUAAACAAAAAAAAAAAAAAUCUUUAAAACUUAAUAAAAUUUUCAUAAUUUUUGUCACAAAUAUUUUUGAUUUUCUACUGAAAUACCUAAUUCUGCUUGUUCAUAAAAAUCAAUUUAAAAAGGUUAAAUAUAACAACUUUUGUCAGAUUUAUUAAAUUAUAAAUGAUUAUGCUUUUUGAUGUAUCAUUGCUGUCAUGCAAAAAACUUGUAUCUGCAUUUUUAUCAUUUUUCAUGCCAAAUUGUCAAAUUUUGAAAUGUCUAGUUUCCCCUUGUAUUGUGUUUAAAUUUCAAGAAAAAGUGGAACAAUAAAAUGCUGCAAAAUUACUUGGGCAAAAAUUCUUGUUCCAUUAAAUUCCAAUACAGGUUCUUUUCUUGUAAAGUGACCAUUUCACAGAUACAAGAUUUUGUUCUGACAGUGAUGGAAAAAAGCAGUGGGUGGCCAUGAUUUUAAUGCUAGUUAUAUUUUUAAACAAAUUUACACAUACGUACGUUUUUCUACAUAUAAGGUUUUCUAAAGGAUGUGUUUUCAUGCUAGAGUUAGGUAAGCUUUCUAAUGAAAAAUCUGAUAGCAUUGUUUGGUGUAAACAGUCUUUUUUUGGGUGCAUUCAUUGAAUAAAGGUGGAGACUGUA